AUGUAAACCUCAUUUCAGGGAAGAGAACUCAAAACGCUCGAAAGGAAUCCAAUCUCCAAUGAAAACCAAAACAAUCCAAGGAUAUGAGCUGCUUGAAACUCUAGGAAAAGGUACUUUUGGAAAAGUAAAACUUGGGCUGCAUCUUCUUACAGGAGAAAAAGUUGCUAUAAAAGUCCUCGAUAAGAACUGCAUUUCUGAUGUUUCAGACGUCGAGCGGAUUUCUCGAGAAAUCCACAUCUUAAAAUUGAUAAGUUAGUUAGUUAGUUUUAAAUGGCCAUACGUGGGCGAACCGGCGGACCACAACACCUCAGCUCGAAAGACGACUCCAGGUCGGGUUCUGAUGCGACCAUACUCCCAGGCCGGACGCCAUCUUGAUUUCUGUUCUGAGCCACCUGUCCAGAGGAUCAGCUCCUCAGGGCAGAGCCACUUCUUGGAGAAUGCCCAGAUGGUCCUGAUGAGGGAAGACCAUGUGGUAGUAAAACCUGUCUAGCCCAUCUGGCAGGGACAGGAAAACCUUCCGGGGAGAAAUAAAACUUCCUUUUCGGCACGGCUUCCCCACCUCUGAAGGCCUACUUAAGACUGGGAACGAGGCCCUAUAUUUCAACUUCAUCAGAAAUAGGUCCCUACCAGCUCCAUAGGAGGUGUGCCUCGGAGUCCAAUUUCCGUCAACAGCACCAUUUUAUUUCUAAAAUUGAUAAGGCAUGAAAAUUUAGUCCAAUUAUACGAGGUAUUUAAAAAUUAGGUUAUAGAGACCAGCGAGAAAAUCUAUUUGGUCAUGGAAUAUGUUAGCGGAGGAGAAUUGUUCACCCACAUUGUCAAUAGCAAACGAUUAAAAGAAAAAGAAGCCUGCAAAUUUUACCAACAGAUAAUUUCAGGAAUUGAGUACAUUCACAAGCUAAACAUUGUGCACAGGGACUUAAAACCUGAAAAUCUAUUGCUUGACCACGAUAAAACUUUAAAAUUUGUAGACUUCGGGCUAAGUAAUACUUAUCUUGAAGGAGAGAUGCUAAAAACUGCAUGCGGAAGUCCUUGUUAUGCAGCCCCGGAAAUGAUAGCUGGAAAAAGCUAUAUUGCCUCGAGAGUUGAUAUAUGGAGUUCAGGAGUUAUUUUAUUUACCAUGCUAUGCGGGCAUUUACCAUUUGAAGAUUCAAACACUCAUCAAUUAUAUAAAAAAAUACUAGCGGGCGAGUAUCAUGUGCCGAAAUAUGUGACUCCAGAAGCUAAGGAGCAUUUUUUGAUUCGCCAUUCUUAAAUUUGAUUAGCCAGAAAAUAUGGCAUGCCAACGAAUUUGGCAAGCUAUUGUCCAUCAAACCAAAAAAUGCUCAUUAGUGGGCUAUUCUUUGUAAAUAAGUAUAUUUUUUUUGCCAUCAAAGUUAAUCUUUAAAUAUAGAUUUUUAAUUUCAACAUGAAAGACGAAAAGUUUUUAAAUAUAACUUUUAUAAAAAUAACUCUAUAAGGGUUGAGUAAGGAUUUUUUUAAAAUGCAUCUUGAAUACUAAUCCAGAGGAGCGAUAUAGAAUAGAUCAAAUUAGGCAGCAUCCUUGGUUUAAUUUGAUUAAACCAUCACCUGAUUCUUUUGGAUUUAUAAUAGGAUACGAUGAUCUUCCUAUCAAUCAAAAAAUUUUAAAACAAUUAUCAGGCUAUGAUUUAGAUCCUUAUGAAAUUCAAAAUCAACUUAUAUCAAAUAAACAGAGCAAUGAAGCAACUGCGUAAAAGUUACUUACUCCUUCCCUCCGUGAGUGAACAAAAAAAUUUUGUUCACUCAUGGAGCGGGGCUAAUUUUUUUUUUUAAAAAUUUAUAUAUAAAAUUUUAUAAAAAUUUUUUUUUCGAAAAUUAAAAAAAUCCUAAUUCGCAAAAAUUGGAAUUCAAAUGUUAAUUUAAUUUAUAAAAUUUAUGUUUUAAAAAGCAAUUUGUUUAAAUUAAACAGAAUUAGCACUAGAUUUUAUUAUGCUAAUUAUCACUUAUAUAUCAAAAUUUUUUUCCAUAAAAAAUUUUUCUAUUAAAAAAAUUUUUGUUCACUAACGGAGGGUGGGUUUUUGGGCAAAAAAAUAGCGAUUUUUCUAAUGGUUUUGUUCACUCACGGAGGGGGGGGUUAGAUACUAUUUAUUAUUAAAAAAAUCGCAAAAAAAAGGUGAAUACAACGAUACCGAAGAAGAGCCAUACGAUAAUGGGUCUACAGCAAGCCCCUCCUUUCAUAAUAAGCAUCGAAAAGUCGUGGAUUUAAGUCAAACUUAUUCUUUCAGCCCGCAUCCUCCUUUACCGAAAACUGGCUAUGAUAUAACAAUUAGUCCAAGACAUAAAAGAAUUGUCGAGACAAUCUCAUUCAAAAUUAGUGUUAAAAAGAGAGCUCUUAUAUCUGAUUUGAAAAAUUCUCAUCUCUUCUUCUGUGAGUAUGCAAAAAAUUGUAUAAUCAAUUGCAUAUAUUUCUUAAUGUGUAAGACAUGUGGGAAAAAUCCCCAAUGUCAAAAAAAUUUAAUAGUCUUACAUAAAUGCAGACUUCACAUGUGGAAUAUUUUUUGGCAUGUGGGGAAAUUUCCCACAUGUCUUGCGUAUUAAGAAAUAUGUGCAACGGAUAAUAGUAUUUCUUAAGCAAGAUUAGUUUUUCUUUUACACAAAAAAACUAGGGAUUUUUCCAAUAUUUUAUCCCUCGCUAACAAUGGAGGGAGUUAGAGCAGACAUCAAAGGGUUAGUUCAUUACUUCCAAGUGUAAAUCCGCGAUCUCCUCGCAGCAUUUCAAGACUUUCAGAGUCUCCUCAAGCUAAGCACACGAAAACGAGUGUAAAUGCUACAACAAGAUUGCCAGGCCAUGAUAGGUUUUCAAUAGCUGCUACGAGAGUGUUGAAUUCUCCUAAAUUCACUGAAGAAAACGAUGAGACGAUAUCAGCAGUUGAAAGCACAUUUAAAAUCAGACCAAGAGUCGGCACCGCUAUGUUAGUCAAAGCGUUGACUAAAAAAAUGUAA